UGUUUCUUAUUGGUAAAACUUGUUUCUGUUUUGCUUAUAUUGUAGGAUUAUAAUAAACGUUCAAAGUGAUUACAAAUGCUUGUAAUGACACACCCAGCUAUUGUACCGUGCGUAUUUGGAACGGUUGAAUUUGACACAUUUUUUCCCAUGGAAAGAGAUUUCUUUCUUUUAGCCGGGCCGUUUCUUGUGUGCAUUUUUAAUGUGGCCUCUAAAGUUGUUCACAAUUCUUUAAAAAAUAUAAUAGAAUGUACAUUAUAACACAUAAUGUACAACAGGACAUCUUUACACUCAUGCACAGAUAUCCUGGGGAGCAGUUUGAUAUAUAAAUCAGUACUUGGACUAUUAUACAUUAUUAUUAUACUAUUAUUGUACAUAUGAACUUUUAGAAUAUGGAAGAACCUCAGUGCUCAUUCUGUUGAACCUCAGCGCAGCAUUUAACUCUGUUGAACAAGAAAUUGAUGCAACAGGAGAGCUGGGUGUACUCUAUGGUACUUGAUUGGUUUGAAUCCUAUUUAAAAACAGGGCCUUUGUUGUGUCACUAGGUAACUUCUCAUUGGAGGGAGAAAUCACCUGUGAGUUUCAAUCCUGGGGCAUCUUCUAUUAAAUGUCUAUUCUCCUGUUAGCUCAUAUGAUAAUAAAUAAUAAAAGUAGAUACCAUAGCUAAAUAGAUGAUACACAGCUCUACAUUACGAUGUCACAAGGUCCAAUUAUCUAUCCAAGCACUGAUUAUUAGAUCAAAUCAGUUCAUGGAUGUACAAUAACUUUCUCCAGCUGAACAGAAACAAAAUUGAAGUUAUUAUCUGUGCUUCUUUUUCUGUUUGUUGCUUGUUUGUUCACUGUCUUAUGUUCUUAUCAUGUGAAGCACAUUGAACUGCCUUGUUGCUAAAAUAUACUAUACAAAUAAACUUCAUUUGACUUGACUUACAUCAAGUAAACAUCAAGUUUGCAACCUGUACUUUCAGGACUUUUUAACCUGAACAUCCCAUCUGAGUUGGAAAAUAGACCAUCUCACAUGCUCCCCCUAAUUCUGACACUCCCUGCGGCAACACUUGAAACUAUCGCACGUAAUAGCUCUCUAAGAUUUUUAAAAUCUUUUAAAAGCUGUUCUGACAAACUGCCAGCAAGCCACUCCCCUCUGCCAAACCCAUCUGCUGCAUCUUUCUUCUCUGCUGGAGUGAUGAGAACCAGGUGGAUUCACUCUCCUACCAAUCAGAGUGUAGGUACUUAAGGGGUGACUGACCUGUCACUCCUGGUUUUGAAGUGCCACAGCAUGAAAGCAAACAAUCCUGGUAGCAUGUAAAUUGAAACUGUGCAAAAGUUUCUAAAAAAACUGUGAAGGACAGCCGGUAAGCUUACUAUACUGUUGCUCAUAAACAUGGACUUGGAUUGAUUGUUUGAGAGUUAAUAUUAUUGAAAAGAAAAAAAAAGACAAUACACUUGGUGUUUAUUGAAGUAGAAAGUGAAAAAAAUAGUUGGUUAGGAUGUUUGACUAUGAAAUUAAAUGUUGUUAAAUAUGCUAAUUUAAUUAUUGGCGUUGAAUUUUAUUAUAAAACAUUUGCUAUUUAUUACACUUUAGGAUUAAAUGGUUUAAAGGGGUGGAAAUUUAUCUUGUUAAUUUCACAAUGUAUUUAUCUUGUUAAUUUCAGAUUGUAAUAGAUGUGUUUCUGUUUGUUUUGAGGUUUUUCACCUAUGUGGUUGGUCUACAAAAAUUAUGAAAAUAAAGAUGGUCUAACUAAAAUGAAGACUCCGUGAGUGAAACCCAGUUAUGUUCCACAGUAGAGACCUAUCCUUUUCAAGUAGGGAUCUCACAGUAAAUUAAACCUAACAGAACUUGACAAAAGCACUUGCAAGUUUUGUUGCUUUUGAAAUUCAUCUUGGCUGUAUUUGUUAUUAGUUGUAUUUUAUAGUUAGUUGUCUGCACCUUGAAAACUCUGGAUCUCAACCAGCCUAACUUGGAUUAAUAUAAAUAAUAUAAUGAUCUUUAUAAAAAGCUUUUUCUGCUAUAAAUUUCUACAAUGGUAAUAAUUUUUUUCUCUGAGGAACGCAGCAGAAAUGGAGUCCUGGGCGCCAGCGCUAGCUUCUUGCAGUCAAGAUGUUUUAUUGGUAUUUAUGUGUAUGUACGAUUUAGCGCAUGCAUAUGAAGAAACAUCCCAUAUGGGGAAAAUGAUGAACAAUGUGAAGCACUAUAAAUUGCAGAGGAUUGAGGAUAAGCCAACAUUAGCAUGAGAGCAGAAGGGUGAGUGCGGAAAUAAAUACAGGAUUAUCAAAGAACUCUCAUACAUGGGCGGAAAAUAGUGGCAGGCUCAUAUCAGACACAAUGUGAGGAGUGCCACUGAUACACCUCUGCUAAAUAUAUAACUGAAUAUUUAGAUCUAUUUUCUAUAUAGGGUCAAUUGCAUGACAGGACUAAAGAACAUUUCCCACUGAUAUGCUUCGUUGUGAAUGAAAAUGUGCACAAUCUGGAGAAUGAAUAAAAUCCGGUCAAUUCAGAAUAAAGUGAGUGAUGGAUGUAAAUAAAAGAGGAGGGGUAAAACAUGGAGAGUGUAAGGGAUGAGAGGAGGAGCAAAGGCAGCGGGGGGAUAUACCUCAGAUUAUGACUUGGUGUCAGAUGCUGUAGUGACAGAUCAAGAGUAGGACAGAACGAGAGACCGAGGUGCAGGGAGAGCAAAAUAAAGACGCCUCUGUGGUUCAGCUGGACUGCAAAAAUGACUGAGAUGAAAAGGGUACAGUCAAUGGACGUGCAGGAGGGGAAGCUAAUAAAGAAGGGUUCCAUUAAGAAAAAGAUUGAAUCCUUCAGACGGUGGAGUUCAGCAAGCAUAAAGAGGCCCCCAAAGCCCAAAGCCAAGACCCUGAGUCUGUCCUCCCCUGAUGGAGACCCUGAAGAUCUCUGGUUGCCAGAAGGAGACAAGAGGAAGCUGCACCCCAUUGUGGCUUCCGUCUUUGGACAGGACAGAGACCUACGACCAGAGGAAAUGGAAGAACUGCGUGAAGCCUUCAGAGAGUUUGACAAAGACAAAGAUGGCUUCAUCAGCUAUAAGGACCUGGGAGAGUGCAUGAGGACUAUGGGAUACAUGCCGACUGAAAUGGAACUUAUUGAGCUAAGCCAGCAGAUCUGCGGUGGCAGAGUGGACUUUGAGGACUUUGUGGAACUGAUGGGCCCCAAAAUGCUUGCUGAGACUGCAGACAUGAUUGGAGUAAAAGAGUUGAGGGAUGCCUUCAGAGAGUUUGACUCGGACGGUGAUGGUCAGAUUAGCCUUGGAGAAUUAAAGGAAGCUAUGAAGAAACUGAUGGGAGAACAGCUGAACCACCGUGAGAUUGAUGAGAUCCUGCGAGACGUAGACCUCAAUGGAGACGGACAGGUGGACUUUGAAGAAUUCGUGCGAAUGAUGUCUCGCUGAAUCUCCUCCGAGUCUCGGUUUACUGCACUGAAACCAACAUGAACCAGACUGCGCACUGUUAAGUCUUUGCAUAUGUACAAAAAAAAUUCUUGGUCUCUGUAAUUUUUCACUUGCCUCUCAGGUAGACCCAUUAGUUUAUUUAUCCGUUGUAAAAAUGUAUUACAGUAUGUGCGUAAUAGCAGGUUGUAGAUUAAUGACUCCAAGACUUGU